CUUUAAUUGUUAGUAAAUUAAUUAAUAAAAUAAAAGCAAACAAAAUUGAUAUAAAAAUAAGUAGAGAUUUAAAUGAAAAUAAUAGAAUAUUUAAAAGACUUUGACAUUUUCUCUGAGUCUAUUUAGUUUAACGCUAAUACAUAAAGGUUAAGAAAAAGGACUGUUUUAGUUCAUGGUGAGUUAGCUGAAGAAAAAUUAAAUAGUAAUUAUGAUGAAGACAAUAAAAAAAGCAUAUUUAUUCCAUCUUUAUCACCAAAAUCUUGCAAAAAAUUAUUUUAAUAACAGCUUAGCAAUGAUACAUAAAAGACAUGUUAAGACUAAGUGUUAGAAGAGUUACAAACUUAAAUCUAAAAACCAGAUGAUUUUUUAGAAUCAUUAAGAAUUAAUUAAGACAAAUAAUCAGAUUAUUAGAUUAGACUAAAUUUAAAUAAGUCUGAUCAAAAUUUAAAAAAAUAUGCGCAAAGUGGAAUUAGAAAUAUUUAAUAAUAAUAAUAAUAACAAUAAUUCUAAUUAUUGAUGAAAGAUUCUAGUAAUAAGCUUGUAAACGGAGUAUCUUUAACCCCUAAUAGCUUAAAUAGAAAAAACAAAACUAGUUAAUCAAAUUAAUUAGAAUGUUAUGAAAGAGGGACUAAGAAUAUUAAAUAAUAAAAUGACCAAAUAAAUAAAAUAUUCUCUAAUUUGAAUGAUAAAUAAGUUCACCUAAAGCUUGAAUAGACGCUCUUUUAAUUUAAGUUGUGUAAGAAAAAAGAGUUUUAAUAAUCUAAAGGAUUAAAAUAAUAGAUUAUUAGUGAAAUCGAGUAGCGAGUAGAUGAAAGUUUAGAUUAUUAUGCAUUUUAUAAAGAAAUUUUGUUAAUAAAGAAAGCUAUAAUGAUGAUUUUAAAUAAAUAAUAACUUGCUGCAUUAUAAGUAAUUGGAAUUGACAUAGAAAAACAAAGUAAAAAUUAGGAAAACUCAAAGUUGAAUUAUUUAUCAGAGGAAGCAACUGAAAAUCAUUUCAAAGAGUAGUAUGAAAUUCUAUAAUCAAAAGAAUUGUAAUUAUAAUAUAUUAAUGAUUUCUUAAAGAAAUGUGAGUAAAAUAGAUCAAAUUUGGAUAAUAUUGACAAAAGAAUAUUAUCUUCCUUAUUAAUUUAUUAGUAAAAUUGA